AUGUCUGAGGUUGUAGAGCAACUUAAGGUGAUUCAGGCAGAGUUCAGUGACAUAUCUAGAACAGUAAAAUCUGAAACAGUUUGUGAUGUUCAAGUGGGUUCCAGCUGUGUAUUAUCACGAACUAAUGCUCCAACGCUCAACGAUGAUGUAGUGGUGGGUUUCAAUGAUGUGGAAGAAAAGAUCAUUGAUGGCCUUACCAGAGGGAUGACGGAGCGUGAUGUAAUUUCAAUUGUUGGCAUGCCUGGACUUGGCAAGACGACUCUUGCAAAGAAAGUGUUCAAUGAUGAAAAGGUUCUCAAUUACUUUGACAAACAUGCAUGGUGUUAUGUUUCUGAAGUAUAUAAAAGGAAAGAAUUGCUCUUGGAGAUUUUAUCCCAAGUUCUCGAGGAUGUUGAUGAAGCGACUAAAAUGAAGGAUGAUGCGGAUUUAGUCGAACUGUUGUAUAGAAAGUUAAAGGGGAAGAGGUACCUAAUUGUUUUAGACGAUCUUUGGGAUGUCAAGGCUUGGGAUGACUUGCAGAGGUCGUUUACAGACGAUGAUAAUGGUAGUAGAAUACUGGUCACAAGUCGGCGGCAACAUUUGGCUUCACAGGUUGAAUCUGAUACGAAACCUGAUAAUUAUCCUACUCCUCUUCGUUUUUCACUGUUGAAGAAAGCUGGGAGUUAUUACAAAAAAAGGUUUUUGCAACAGAUUAUUGUCCCAAAUCUGAAGGAACCUGGAAUAUAUGCGAAUUGCAAGAAGUUGUCUUGGACUUCCUCUUGCUGUUACACUGGUAGCUGGGAUUCUGGUUUUGUUUCAAAAACAGAAGGCAAGAGCUUUGAGGAUGUAGCAGAGGACUACUUAACAGACUUGAUAGGAAGAAGCCUGGUCGUGGCUACCAAAAAGAGAACAAAUGGCUCCGUUAAAGUCUGCCAUGUUCAUGAUCUGUUGCGUGAAUAUUGCAAGAGAAAAGCUGAAGAAAAUAACUUUUUUGAGCUUCUAUAUAAAAAGGAUAAACGCACUUACCGUGAUAAUUUAGAUGAUAUUUUGGAGUCUACAUACUCUAUUUCCUGA